AUGUGUAUUCUUGCUGAUGCCACGAGAGCACAUGCCUUCUGGCGACCACUAUUCGGUCAUGCGUCUUCGCCCGGAAGCGAACAGGACCCCGUCUCAAACUUGACAAAACCACCUGAUUGCAUCCUGGAAGUUGCAAGGCGGGUGAUCGCCAAUGAAUCCAUUGCUCAGGGUGACGAGCUGCUCCGACCAACUCUUCGCCUGAUAGCCAACUGUUGUGCCGACGACAAUGUCAGCCGGCGUGUACUUGUCCAAAGGGACGGCAUCAGCCACCUAAAACGACUGGUGCUAAAACGGAGAGCACUGGAUGUACUGCUUCCCACGCUUUACAACGUCUGUGUCGACUACGACGAAAUUGCAGUUGAUGCAAAUGGGAAGCAGCAGAGCUUAGACAAUUUGGAUGCCUCGACGCAACUGACUAAAGCCGAGCAGGCUUUGGGACAGUAUAUCGAGCACGACGGAGAGGCUCUGAUGGCAGUCGGGCUCUUUCUAAACCCGAGAAUGCAACGUGACCAGCAGUUGUUUGGUCUGUUAGCUGAUCUUGCAGAAAUGGCAAGCAGACCUGCUCUGUUCGGUAUGCACCAGAUAGCAGGCGAGGACGAGGGGAAGUGGCCAUCCCGAGCUGAUGAGCUGCUGCAGAGCCUUGUCGAGUGCGGCAUCCCCCUUGCCGAGGAAGACAACGACUCACAGCAGGCCAUCCUCCAAAUAUUCCUCAAUGUUCUCACACAGAAGCAAGUGCAACUGAGAUUCUUACAAGGGAGCGAACGGCUGAAGCACCUUAUCAAUCUCUUCACGAUUGGUGCCCCAGGAGACCCGGACCUGAAGUCCUACAGAGAUUCUCUGCUGCAGAUGGUAUACACGCUCUCCGCCCUACCCGAAUAUGCGUCUGCCGUUUCACCAGAGUCUACCGUGUUCCAGGCACUAGUUCGAAGACUGGAAACGCUGGGAUCGGCAUCUGGAACAGCAAGUCCUCCCCAGAUUGCAAGCAUCAUUGUGCUUCUGGCAAAUGCUAUCACGAGUGCGGAUCAUGUCACACUGAUCCAUGAACAUCACACGGCUCAACAAUUGAGCUCAGCUGUGGUCUGUGUUCUAUGCGAUUCAUCAUCACACAUCGUCACUGUCCCCGCCCUUGACCUCAUCGGCCGUCUUGCUCUGGACCGUCGCACGCAGCACCACCUCUUAUCUAAUCCUGAUCUUCUGGAGAAUCUGACCCAGCGCCUUCAGCAACCCAGCUCCACCUCCAUCUCCACCUCCAUCUCCUCGCUACCAACCCAGGCUCAGUCCCAAUCCCAAUCUCAAUCUCACACCCUGACCAUCCACCGCGAAUCAAUCGCUCUCACACGCCUCCUCUUCCGCUCCUUGCAGACCCCGCUCUCAUCCCUCCCCUCCUUCGCCCUCCUCCACGCCAACAUCCUCGCCCUCUUCGACCGCACACUCGAUACCAACACAAAGCUCGAAAUCGGGCGGUAUAGCAUCGAGAUUCUGCGCAACAUCUCCCUCGUCGCAGCCCGCCCCGAAACUACCACCACUCCCACCAACGCUGACGCAGACCAAACAACCAUCUUCGCCUCCACAGUCACCAAUGGCACACCUCCUUCCAUACCACCGCUUCUCCUACCCCUCCUCUUCCUCACCACCGACUCCCCCACCGCCGGCUCCCGCUCCCAAGGCGUCUUCGGCCUGGGCCUCCUGCUCUCCACCACACCACCGCACGCGUUCCCAGAGCUUCUGCCAGCCUUCAUCGCUCAGAAACGCGUGCUUCUCGACGUGUUGGGAGCGGUCGUGAGAGAGGAUAGAGAGGGUCUUCAGGGCCCGCCGGCAGCCGAUGCGGGGGAAGUGGACGGGGAGCCCACGGCAACGCACAAGGCCGAUGCGGAGAACGUCAAGAUCGUGGUUGUUCAAUUGCUGCGUGGGCUCCGUUAUGGAUCUGAAUCUGCAGGCGCGGUUACUGAAGUGGAGGGGAGGGAGGAGCUGUUGAGGGGCUUGGAGGAGCUGAGUCAGGAGAUGGGCUUGCAGGUAUAG